CCCAUUCCUCUAACACAUCAUCUGAAUCCUCAUAACAACCCUCACCCUUUCUUCCCCCUUUGCAACUUGCACUCCCAUUGGUCUCCAAGUAGACCUGUGUUGAGUGCUCCAGUGUUGCCUCAGCUAAAGCAAGUGUUUGUGCUUGUCUUUGUGGUGUUGGAGAUGUCAACUUGUAUGAGUAAGAGAAUAGAGGAAGAGAGUAUGGUGAUGCAGAAGCAGGGCAUUGUCACCAUUUUGGUCUCUAACUACGAUGUUGCUCCCACUUCUCUGAGACGAACACUAUCAGCAGACAUGUCUUCCAAGACAUGGCUUUCUCAAAACGGGUUAUCUCCCAUGAAAAAGACUGUUUCCUCAGAAGAACUCUCUCACUCACAGUCACUCCAAAAAUUAACUGUUGCUGCUGACUCAUCUUCCUCGUCUGAAGGAGAAGAUGAGUACGAAGAAAUGAAGCGAGAACGGUUCCAAAUUUGGCAGGAACCGGAACAGUUUGAUAUGUGGAGCUCAAUUUUGUCCCACAAAGAGGAAACCUCCAAAGUAACAACAACAACAACGACGACCCCUUAUGUUCACCCUCUUGUGAGAAGGUCAAAAAGCUGUUUGAGUGAAAAGAGUUUGGAGAUAUGCACCGAGAGUCUUGGAUCCGAGACUGGCUCAGAUGCGUUCUCUUCUUAUCCACCAUCUGAGACAGGGGAUUCAGAGGAAGAAGAAGAAGAAGUAACAGUGCAUAGCACACACGAAGAAGAGUUUCUUGUGCCCAAAUAUAAUUAUGCUGCUAAGAAGUCUUUGCCUCGUUGUUUCCCCCCUCCACUCUCUUCUCUCUCUCCUCAACAUGGUCCUUCACUCCACAUGCAAUCCCACCGUGACAAUGGAAGAUUAUUCCUACAAGCUGUUUGCGUUCCUUCACACAAAAAUUUUUGUGCACAACGCCAAGAUGGUCGCUUAAUCCUCACCUUUUCUAGGAAUCCUAAUGAGGAAGAAGAAGAGAAAGAUGUAGCGGAGGAGUUGGAGGAAGAGUUUGAUCAUGAGGCAGAGCAAGUUGAGAGGGGGAUGAAGCAAGCAACUAUAUUGUCUAGUGGGAUUUCAAAUGUUCAUAGGUUAGCUUUAAUGAUGAAUAAACCAAUUGGGUUAGUUAACACUAGUUGGAGUCAAAGAUGGUCUGAGAAGUUCAACGAUGUGACCAAUUUUAAGGAUGUUAAUGUGGUCCAACAUAGUCCACUGCCACCUAGGCCAAGGGCUAGGUUAAUUCAUUCCUCACCAGCUUCGGGUUCUUUUAAUGCUUAUGAAUACUACUGGCGGACCAAGCCCAAAGCCCAAGCUACUUCUGUUCCAAGCCCAUUUACCAUUCACCAGAAAAACUACUCAUCCUUGGAGAACCAUAGUAAUCAAACUUCAAAUGACCAACAAGAGUUGCGGGUUUUGAGAGGGAAAAAGGGUGAUUACUUGGUUCACAAUUUGAAAAAUUGCAAGGAUUCUAGAAGGUCUUUUCUUUUCUGGGAGCCGUAUUGCAUUGCUACUUGACCUGAGUCACAAAUUCGGCCACAUUAAUUGCUAAUCCAAAACUUGUUACCCACAUAUUGUUUAUUACUAUUUAAUAAAUCAUUUUCUCUCUUAUACCCAGUUCCCACUCAUUCAGGGAGCUGGUCAAAUAAUUGAAAAUGGAGAGGGAGAG